UACUCUAGAAUGUUCUCCUGCAAACAACACAAAACUGAAAAGACACGGACAAAAGAAAGAUUUGGAACCCUAGAAUGAAUUUUUGAUUAUCAUGAAACUAAACUGAUGGUAACAAAUUGAAAAAUUAGUAAAUGGACUCUCCAAAAUCUGAUAGUAGUAGCAGUAGCAAUUGGGGAGAAUUGGAGUGUAUAGGGAAACUAGAGAUUGUACGACCAAAACCAGUUGGUUUUUUAUGUGGAACUUUACCUGUUCCUACUGAUGAAUCUUUCAAUCAUGUUUUCAACUCUGCCCUCAUUCCUUCAUCUUCUACUUCUUCUUCAUCCUCCCAAACAGUCAAAGCACCUCGUUAUAGGAUGCUACCAACUGAGACUGAUCUUAAUACUCCACCAUUGCUGCCAAACCUUCAUGAAAAGAAUUUUGCUCUUGCUGCAGUACAAUCCAAGGCCUCUAGUUCUCCCACCGGAGAUUUUAAUACGGAAAGUAGCGUGGCUAGUCAAAAUCUUUCUAGAAAGUCUGAGGCACUCGCUGUAUAUGGUCUUUCGGAGUAUGGAGACGAGAUUGAUGUGAUAGGACCAACUGACAUUCUAAAACAAAUUUUUAAGAUGCCUUAUACGAAGGCUCGGUUAUCAGUUGCAGUUCAGCGUAUUGGUAACACCCUUGUUCUCAAUGCAGGGCCUGACAUUGAAGAGGGUGAAAGAUUAGUUAGAAGGCAUAGCAGCCAAUCAAAAUCCGUAGAUCAGUCUUUGUUUUUGAAUUUUGCGAUGCAGUCAGUGAGGGCAGAGGCUUGUGAUGUUCCGCCAUCUCAGCAUCCCCCAUUGGGAAGGCAGUCUAACACAUCUGCUAACACAUCUAUUCUUCCUGGAUCCGAGACUAGAAAGAAUGUAUUUGUAUCAUCUGAUCUUCCAGCACAAGGGGAUAGGUCCAAAUAUCUCCACGGUGAUGACAGUCAAAAUGAGGGGUUAAACUGCUGUUCAGGUUAUCCACAGGUUAAUCGAGACAAAUAUUGGGGAAGUAAGCAGAGGAAGACAACUAACAAGCAUCAUGCUGUCAAGAAAACUUCACAAGUUGGGGAGAAACCGAGACAUCCAAUUCAAGAAUCUGAGAAAUAUAGGAGAGUUGGUAAUGAUGGUUUUCUUAGGGUUCUUUUCUGGCAGUUCCACAACUUCCGGAUGCUCUUGGGUAGUGACUUGCUCCUGUUUAGUAAUGAGAGAUACGUUGCUGUGAGCUUGCAUCUAUGGGAUGUUGCUCGACAGGUCACUCCGUUGACGUGGCUUGAAGCGUGGCUUGAUAAUAUAAUGGCCAGUGUGCCUGAAUUGGCCAUAUGUUACCAUCAGAAUGGUGUUGUUCAAGGUUAUGAACUUCUUAAAACUGAUGACAUUUUCUUGCUUAAGGGUAUUUCAGAGGACGGAACACCAGCCUUUCAUCCUCAAGUUGUCCAACAAAAUGGCCUGUCAGUAUUGCGUUUCCUGCAGGAAAACUGCAAGCAAGAUCCUGGUGCUUACUGGCUCUAUAAAAGCGCUGGAGAAGAUGAUAUUCAACUUUUUGAUCUAUCUGCCAUCCCUAAGAAUCCUUCACCAGAUGACCAGGAUGCAAGCUCUGGCUCUCUGCCAUCUCUAAUGCAUGGACGAAGGGAUUCCUUAUUUUCGCUGGGGACUCUUCUGUAUCGACUUGCACAUAGGCUGUCUCUUUCAAUGGCACCUGGUAGCAGGGCAAAGUGUGCAAGAUUUUUCAGAAAAUGUCUUGAUUUCCUAGACGAGCAGGAUCAUCUGGUGGUCCGUGCAUCUGCUCAUGAACAAUUUGCAAGGCUAAUUUUGAAAUGUUAUGAAGAAUUGGACUUAACAUCUGAAUUUGUUCCUCUAGAAUCUGAAGUUACAGUUACAGAUGCGGAAGAGGAAUCUCACGAAUUUACGCUGGCUUUACCUGGAUCUGUUUUGCACUUUAAACUGUCAUGUGAUGAAGAUGGAUAUUCCCAUCAAGAUUCAGAAUCUGAUGUGGUGUCUUCAAAGACGAUUAUGGGUGCAAGCUCAUCUGCUCCUGGAAAAUUUCUCGUUUCAGGAGGCAUGGAGAUAAUAGAUCCUAGAGGAGGCGAUUGCGGUAACGAUGAUGAAGAUACUCUAGCGGUGUAUCAGAGGUCCGAAAAUUCUUCCCAUGUGGUCCAAACAGUUGCUGAUCCAAUCUCCUCUAAAUUAGCAGCAGUACAUCAUGUGUCCCAAGCAAUCAAGUCUUUAAGGUGGAAACGCCAACUACAGAAAUCUGAAGCUGACCUUGUGGAUCAUGGGAAGAAAACACAAGAUAGAUCUGCACAUGGCCAUUUUUCUGUAUGUUGUGCUUGUGGGGAUUCUGAUUGUAUUGAAGUUUGUGAUUUGCGAGAUUGGCUUCCAAAAUCUAAAAUGGACCAUAAAUUGUGGAAACUUGUUCUUCUGCUUGGGGAGUCUUAUUUAGCUCUUGGGCAAGCUUAUAAGGAGGAUGGGCAAUUGCAGCAAACUUUGAAAGUUGUCGGUAUAGCUUGUUCAGUUUAUGGAUCAAUGCCUCAACAUGUUGAAGAUGCACAGUUUAUUUCCUCCAUGGUAAGUAGCUCGUUAGCACAGAAAACCCUCAAUAAGAGAAGUGGAAAGACUAGAACAUUGAUGGAUGACAAAACACAUUCAAACUUGAGUUCCUCUGACUCUGUUGAUAGUGAAGGAUCGCCUUCCACUUACUUAUUCUGGGCCAAGGCCUGGACACUUGUUGGAGAUGUUUACGUCGAGUACCACUUGCAAAGAAAUAGAGAUCUCUCAGCACCUUCUGAAGCAAAGGCAUCUUCCCGGGGGGUGAGAAUGUCAUCUGAUGUUGUGAAAGAAGUGAAAAGGCUGAAGAAGAAGUUGGGGCAAUUUAAGCAGAACUGCUCCACUUGUUCCUUGAUAAACUGUAGCUGCCAGAGUGACAGAGCAAGCAGUGGUAACAGCGCAAGUAGUAGUAGUGGAAAUGCCUGUUCAUUAGAUUAUGGAAAAAAGAAAAAGAAAAAAGCACACGUUAAGGAAGUUGUUGGGAGCUCGGAAAACAUCCGUAGACGUCGACAGUUGGACAACUCAGACAGUGAUUGUUUGGUCACAACCAAUAAAGACACCGAGGUUCAAGUUUCAAAUACAACCAAAACUAAGCUUGAGCAGACCAGUUCUGGUUCAAAAUCCGUAGUAGAUGAUGUGGGAUGCGAGAUUGUAUCUGAAGCUAUUCCGAGUGAAACGCCUAAUUCUAAGGAGAGAACUGGUGGAAUCUUUGUCUUCCUUGGGAGUCAUAUCAUCGGAGACGCGGAUGGCAAUCUCUCAGUUUCUGUAAGUUGUUAUGAUGAAGCUAAAAAAGCAUUAGGUGGAAUUCCUAUUGGUUCGUCAGAACUACAGUCUAUACUCAAGAAAAAAGGUUGGGUUUGUAAUGAGCUGGGGCGACAUAGGCUUGACAGGAAGGAAUUGGACAAAGCUGAACUUGCAUUUGCAGAUGCGAUAGAAGCAUUCAAAGAAGUUGCUGACCAUACUAAUAUCAUUUUAAUCAACUGCAAUAUGGGUCAUGGCAGAAGAGCAUUGGCUGAGGAAAUGGUAUCCAAGAUGGAAAUAUUCAAAGCACACACGCUCUUGCAAGAUUCAUAUAAACGAUUACUGGAAACAGCAAAACUGGAAUACAGAAAAGCAUUAAGGUAUUACGAGGCGGCGACGUUUGAGUUGGAAAGGGUUGAAGUGGAGGCAGGAUUGGGUACACUAUCGACCAGCUUGAAGAAUGAAGUAUAUACCCAGUUUGCUAAUACGUAUCUAAGACUUGGUAUGCUUUUGGCAAAAGAGGAUAUUUGUGCAGAACUUAAUGAAAAGGGAGUUGUGGAAGAUCUCAGAAAGCAUGAGAGCUCAGCCAAUGGUGCUAUUAGGGAGGCUUUGCGCAUGUACGAGUUGUUAGGUGAAUUGCGAAAACAGGAGGCUGCAUAUGCUUGUUUUCAGCUUGCUUGCUACCACAGGGACUGCUGUUUGAAGUUUGUCCACGAAAGUAAACUUCCGAGCAGUGAAAGCAGCAUUAUGCAAAGGGUCAAACAAUAUGUUUCCUUGGCUGAGUGGAGCUGGCAGAAGUCUCUAAGCUUUUAUGGCCCAAAGACGCAUCCAGUUAUGUACCUGACAAUUCUUAUCGAAAGAUCAGCACUUUCAUGGAAACUUUCGGAGUCUAUACACUCAAUCACAAACUUGGAGUUGGCUCUUUCUCGCCUAAUAGAAGGUCGCCACAUAUAUGGGGAAGAAGCUGCAGAUUUAUCUAUCAACGAAAGUUCAGAGGUUUAUAGUAACUUCAGGGGUCAAUUGCAAGCAUUACUGAAGAAGAUGUUGCAAGUAUCUCUAUCUACCAAUGCAAACAAAUCAUGUUGUGGUCCUCAUGCAACUCUCAUCAGUGGUUCUCUGGACGCCGUGAAACUCAGGAGGCUAUAUGGUAUGGCUUUGAAGAUGACUAAUUUAAGUCAGUUGCUACCUAUGUAUGAUCUGUGGUCAGCUUAACUAUAGAUUCUUUAACAGAAGCUCUUUGCAAUAUGUUUGUUAUCUAUUGGAUCUUAAAUACAUCUUGUAGUGUAUACGUGAUGAUAAGUUCCAGGUUACUUUAGGUUUCUACUUUUGUUAGGAUGUUGUAUGUGUCACUCUGUCCUGGGAACAUAUUUGUGAUGGAAUAGGAAAUUAAAGUUUCAUGCUUGUUGGGCUUUCA